AUGGCCUCCAAGUCCGCCCUGCUGUCCCGCAGCGGGCAUCGCCUCUUCCGACAAGGACGGCGGCUUGCUGCAUCGCCGUGUCCGAUUUGCGCGUGCUCCUCUCAGGCAGUUCGUCCUCGGCUCAGGACAAAAGCCGAAGCUGCUUCCCGACGAGCUCUCUCGACCUCGACAAACCCGCGAAUCGAGCUGGAAAAUACGCUGCUUGAGCUUCAAAAGCAAUCGCCAAACCUGAUAAACAUAUCCAGACUCCAAUUGGCGCUUCAGGGCUUGCGGCAAGCUACUGGCACCGAGAUCAUACGUGUCGCCAUUUUGGGACUGGCGAACGGUGCUGCGGCAGGGCCAACAGCUCGGAGGGUUCUUCGUGCCUUGCUUGCUGAUCCGCUACAGGAGGAACAGCCAUGGGAAAGAGAGCUAGAGCACCGGGAUGAGACCAAACCGCUGAUUGUGAGGGUCGGCCCGCCACAGAAACAUGCCGUGUCCCUCGAAAUCGAGAAGGAGACGGGCCUGGAUGAGAUGCAUAUCUCGUCUCCGGAGUUGGAUGGGUAUAAUAUCGAGUUCCUUCUAAUGGAAGUGAAUGUCCCAUAUGGUGCACCUGGAGAGACUUCUAUCCAAAGCUUGGAAGAUGCAGUACUGGUUCCAACUGUCGAUAUACCAUCCGCCAAAGACCGAGUAUCACCGAUUUCGACGCCAGUCCACCAAGCCCUCCUUGUUGCGGAUGGGUUAAUGGGUGCAGUAAAUGUAUCCGCCCUUCCGGUCUCGGAAACAGACGAAUCCAUCACCGCAGCAGUCCAAUUUGACGGAGUAUCCAAGGACCAACUUCAGGCCAACUUCGACGUUGUGGACGUCUCGCUUGCCGAGCGAGGUAUUGGGUUGUUUCGUCAAGGACCGCAAAACGCUAUGGACUAUGAGCGCUUAUGGUUUUCAAGUAAUGUGCCUACGUUGCUGAAGUGGCUCAAAAAUGGUGCCAAGCCCGUCGCUGAUGAGACGAAACUGGCUGUACGCAAACUCAUAGCGUCACUGUUGCAGAAUACGACAUCGGAAAUUCAACUCGCUGAGACACGAAUGUUGUCUAAAGCGCUGACUUUGAAGAGCGAUGACCCGGCUGUGGCCGCCUUGAACCAACGCCUUGCUGAAUGGGCACAGAGCGCUCAUUCAGAGUUACAGGAUGAGCUGGAUAUGGCCUUCAAGGGCCGGCGAUGGCGCAAGUUGGGAUGGUGGAAGUUAUUCUGGCGCGUGGACGAUAUUGCCAUGCUUACGAACGAGAUGCUUAGCCAGCGAUUUAUGCCCACUGCGGAACAAGAACUUGUUUAUCUGACAGGCAGAAUUGAGCAGUUAGGUGGCUCGCAUCCAGAGUACCCUCAGCCAGCGUCAUCUGUGAAUACCGCAGAGUCUCGAAAGCUGGGUUCAGGCGAGCACGCUCCCGCCCUCGCCGCAACGUCAUCAUCUUCGCUUCCAAAAUGGCCUGGCCACAUUGCGUUCACCCGCCGUUACCUACAAAAUGAAACUGUACCCGCGUUGCAGUCGUUGGCACAGAGGUUGGUGGUUCAAUCCCUAGGCACCUCUGGUGUAACCACGUCUCUUGCAACCCUGUUAUAUGUCUCGUCAUUUGCAUCCACCAUCUAUGAAGCUGGGGCGGUUGCCGCCCUUGGAAUCGUGUACAGCCUAGGCAGAAUGCAAAAGAAGUGGGAUGCGGCAAGAACGUUCUGGGAAGGGGAAGUUCGGGAAGAAGGACGCAAAGCAGUUCGCGGAGCCGAAGAGAGUGUAGCUACCGUCUUGGAGAGUAACGGUUCAAACGGAGUCGAAGAGACGGGGGAACUGCAAACAACGAAAGAGCUAGUGGCCAAGGCAGAAGAUGCACUGGCUCGAAUGAAGUAA